AUGGCUGCUCUCGCGCAUACAAUUCGAAUCAGAAACCCUGCCCUGUUCAUCUGCGACAUCCAGGAGAAAUUCCGCAAUGGCAUUUUCGAAUUCUCAAAACUGUACAAAAACCCCUCCUCCUCUUUGUGGCCAAUCAACAAGCCCAUUGACUUUCCUCCACACCAGGGUCUCCACGUCAGAGAAGAUGCUCCGCGCUGCCUCCACGCUCCAAUUGCCCGUCUUUGUAACGACCCAAAGCCGCGCAAAGCUCGGAAACACGGUCCCAGAACUCCAGACCCAUCUGCAGGGCUCGCAUAUCCGGGCCGACGUCGACAAGACCCUAUUCUCGAUGGUCACGCCGGAAAUCGACGCGCUUCUUCCCAAGGGCGAGGGGAGCGACUUGAUAUCAUUAUCGUUGGCAUUGAGACCCAUAUCUGUGUGGCGCAGACGACCCUUGAUUUACUGGCCAGAGGCCAUAGGGUCUAUCUCCUUGUUGAUGGGGUGAGUAGUAUGAAUGCUGAAGAGAGAGGCAUUGCCCUUGCCCGGCUGCGUGAUGCCGGAGCAAUUGUAACUUCUAGUGAGAGUAUUCUGUUCGAGAUCCUGGGAGAUGCGGAGCACGGGUCGUUUAGAACCGUGAGUGGGCUGAUCAAGGAGACAAAGGAGGAGACGAAGGCGGCUUUGGGGGUAUUUUCGAAGAUCUAG